GUCAAGUACAAAUGUUUGAUAAUCUCUCACUCAGAACUUGGCCACUCCAUCGAGUUAUUACAGGUACAUGCUGAUCCGAUCUCAUAUAUAUGCAAGACAUGGAUAUUUCAUACAGGAAAUCUUGCAUGGCUUUUGGUAUUGUUGCUGUACUCUUUGUCUUUGUAAUGUUUUCAAGAGAUCAUCUUUUCCAAGGGCAAUGUUUAAGUAGUAGAGAACAUGCCUUUUCCAAGAACCAAUUCAUGACUGCUACCAAUAGGAGGCUGUUGGCAUUACCUGCAGAUUACGAUAUUGGUGGUGGUGGUGAUGGUUAUGGUGAUGGUGAUGGUGGUAGUGGUGGUGAUGGUGAUGAUGACCGUAUACAGCCACAGUACUGCUCAGCGGAUAACAUCUACAUAUCGCAAGGGCAGACACCUCCUCUUCCUAGUGGCAUUCCAACAUACAGUGUAAUAAUUCAAAACAUAUGCAUGUCAGGAAGUUGUAUAAUCUCAGACAUUCACCUGAGUUGUGGGUGGUUUAGCUCGGCCAGGCUGAUCAACCCAAACAUAUUUAAACGAAUAUCUUACAACGACUGCCUAGUUAAUAACGGAAACCCUAUUAGCCCUGGUCAAACUAUCUAUUUCCAAUAUGCAAAUACCUACCCUUAUCCUAUGUCAGUAGCUUCGCUGUCAUGCCAAUAAUUGGAUCCUACCACGUACAUGUACAAGUAUGAUAGAUAAAGGUGUGUAGAUUGUGUAUAUUGUUCUUUGUCUUUGUUAGUUAUGAUAGUUAGGGGCUUACUCUUGGUUCACCGAUAAUAAAAGUGUA